AUGAACGAGAUCGAUUUAAUCAGAGAAGUGGAAAAACAUCCAAUUUUAUAUGACAAGUCUGUUAGUGGAUUUAACAAGACGAAACUAAGAGACGACGCUUGGAAAGAAGUGCAUAUAGCAUUACAUGUGUCUGAGUCGGAGUGCAAGAAACGUUGGCGCUCCCUUCGUGACUCAUUCAUCAAACUGCAGCGAACUCACGGGGGUCGUACCAGAUGGCCUUACCAUCAAGCUAUGAGGUUCCUACUGCCGCACAUUGAGCCCAAAGACAAUGCAUCCAAAAAGGAAGCCGAAGAAUCAGACGGGGAAGAAGAAAUGCGUCAACGGGCGCCACAAUCCUUACCCGACCUAUCGACCUACAAUAGUUCAGACACAAAAUACGAAGAAGAUGACGAAGACGACGACUCUCAAUCACAACCGUCACCGAAAAAAGCGCGCCAAAAUUCAACCACAGAUGACGAAACUCCUUGUCACUGCACUAGGACAGACCCGGACGAAUUGUUCCUCCUUAGCUGUGCCCCAACACUAAAACGUUUGAACUCUAAGCAAAACGCACUUGCCAGACUAAAAAUUCAACAAGUUUUGUUAGAAGCCGAAUUCGGUUCCCAAAUGGAAUUACCUUACGUCACGCCGGCUAGUGAUUGUGGAUUUGAGCCCGUGGAAUAA